UGCACAUGUAGUAGAUAAUAAUGUCUUAUGUAAGCCAAUGAAGUGUUUGAUGACAGUUUUAAAAUAAUUACAAGCGUAAUAAUUUUCUCAGUGAAGAGGCCUAUAUGUAAAUUGCCGCAUUUUUGUCGUACUUUUCAUCGCGGAUGCACCUGCGAGAAACUUUUUUCGUCCUGUAGAAAAUCUUCUUCAAAAGUGCACCGUUUGAGUCCGCCUGAAAAUGACUGGUCGGGCACGAGCAAGAUCACGAGGCAGAGCACGCGGUCAAGAGACUGCAGCACCUGGAGCGAGCCAGGCUCGAGAGCCAGCACCAGCCCCACCCACAGAGGGAGAGCUGGUUGGUAGAGGGAGGCAGAAAGGGGCUCCAGGACCUUUUUCUGCAGAAGCUGUUCUACAGAUAUCAGCUGGAUUCCAACAGGUGAAACUGGGAGAAAGAGGUGGACGUCGUCGGGAUUUUCAUGAUGCAGGGGUUAACACCAGGCAGGCUAUGGAGCACGUCAAAGAAUCAAAGUCUGGAACUACUGGUUCUGCCAUUCAGUUGUCAGCCAACUUCUUUCGCAUCCUGUCCCGUCCUCAGUGGGUUCUGUAUCAGUACCAUGUGGACUUUAAACCCCCAAUGGAGUCUCGCCGCCUGAGAUCUGCUCUCCUCUUCCAGCACGAGGAAGCCCUUGGCUCAGCGCGGAGCUUUGAUGGAGCUCUGCUGUUUCUGCCUCACAGAUUGCACAGCAAGGAGACUGUGCUACACAGCGAGACAAGAAACGGAGAGAAGGUUCAGAUCACGGUCACCCUGACAAAUGAACUGCCACCUACAUCACCAGUAUGCAUCCAGUUUUACAACAUCAUAUUCAGACGCAUCUUGAGAAUUCUCAACAUGCAGCAGAUUGGACGCAACUACUACAGCCCCAACGAUCCACUCAACAUCCCACAGCACAGACUGACCAUCUGGCCAGGCUACACCACUACCAUCUUGCAGUAUGAGUCGUCCAUCAUGCUCUGUACAGACGUGAGCCACAAGGUGCUGCGUAGUGAGACGGUCCUUGACUUUAUGGCCAAUCUGAGGCACCAGUGUGGAAAUCAGCGCUUCCCAGAGAUCUGUGCUAAGGAGCUUAUUGGACUCAUAGUCCUCACUAAGUACAACAACAAAACCUACAGGAUUGAUGACAUUGCAUGGGAUCACACUCCCAACAACACAUUUAAGAGGGGAGACACCGACAUCUCCUUCAAGAACUACUACAAGACUCAAUACGGCCUGGACAUCACUGACGGGAACCAGGUGCUUCUCAUCAGCCAUGUGAAGAAGCUCGGUCCUGCUGGAGGUCCUCCCCCCGGCCCGGCCAUGCUCAUCCCAGAGCUGUGCUACCUCACAGGCUUGACCGAUAAGAUGCGAGCAGACUUCAACAUCAUGAAGGACUUGAGCACCCACACCAGACUGACCCCAGAGCAGAGGGAGGGACGCCUCAACAGAUUUGUCACUAAUAUACAAAAGAAUACUGAUGCACAGGCAGAGUUGGACAAGUGGGGACUCAACUUUGAUAAGCAACUCCUAAACCUGACUGGCAGAGUCCUCCCAGGGGAGAGGAUUUUCCAGGGAUCAAGAUCGUACGAAUACAACCCCUGGCAAGCCGACUGGUCGAAAGAGAUGCGCGGGUUGCCUCUGAUCAACUCUCCUCCACUGAAUAACUGGCUCCUUUUUCACACCCGGCGUAACGGCAACGAAGCCCAGUCCCUCCUGCAAACCCUCAACAAAGUCUCGGGUCCGCUCGGCAUCCGCAUACAAAGAGCCAUGAUGAUUGUGUAUGACGAUCACCAAGAGUCUCUCCUCAGAGCCCUGCAGCACAACGUUGGACCCCAAACACAGAUGGUGGUGGUGGUCCUCCCCAGCAACAGGAAGGACAAGUAUGACAGCGUUAAGAAGUAUCUUUGUGUGGACUGCCCCACUCCCAGCCAGUGUGUGGUGUCCCGCACCCUCAGCCGACCUCAGGCACUCAUGACUGUCGCUACCAAGAUCGCUCUGCAGAUGGCUUGCAAGAUGGGAGGAGAGCUGUGGAGCGUGGAAAUCCCUCUCAAACAGCUGAUGAUUGUGGGCAUCGACUGCUACCAUGACACCACCGCUGGAAAGAGGUCCAUCGGUGCACUAGUGGCCAGCCUCAACCAGAGCAUGAGCAGGUGGUUCUCAAAGUGUGUGCUGCAGCACAAAGGUCAGGAAAUCAUGGAUGGACUGAAGAUGGCCUUGAGUGGUGCACUCAAAGACUACCUGAAGUUCAACAACUGCCUUCCUUCACGCAUCAUUGUGUACAGAGAUGGAGUGGGAGACGGCCAGCUGCACAGCGUGGUCAACUAUGAGGUUUCUCAGAUUAUGGACUCCAUCAAGUCUAUGGGCCAUGACUACAUGCCUAAACUGAGUGUGGUGGUGGUGAAGAAGCGCAUCAGCAGCAGGUUCUUCGCCCACAUCAACGGAAAGGUGUCCAACCCUCCACCAGGAACCAUCGUCGACUCGGAGGUCACCCGCCCAGAGUGGUACGACUUCUACAUCGUGAGCCAGGCUGUCCGCAGUGGAAGCGUCUCCCCGACCCACUACAACGUUGUGUACGACACCAGUGGACUGAAGCCUGAUCAUAUGCAGCGGCUCACCUACAAGCUGUGCCACAUGUACUACAACUGGCAGGGGAUCAUCCGAGUGCCUGCUCCCUGCCAGUAUGCCCACAAGUUGGCCUUCCUUGUGGGUCAAAGCAUCCACAGGGAGCCCAGUGUGCAACUGGAUGACUUCCUCUUCUACCUAUGAAGAGAGAGAUGAGCAAUUUGUUGGGCUCUGACUCUUAAGGCGGGCUUGUAAAGAACUGUAUGUAUGUAAAACUUUGUUAUACAGGUUAUCUUCAGUUUAGAUUAUUGGAAGUUGUUUUGACAAUUUCUCAAGUUUUUUUUAAAAUUAUUCUAGCAUCUGGUUGAGUCAGUGAGCCCUGUGUAUUAAGUUACGCAGUUUAAGAUGUUCUAAAUGGUAUGUUAUACAUUUUGAGUCCAAUGCAAGGACAAAGCCACAUUUUUGAAGUCAAAUGCUAGCACAUAUGCUAACACGAUCAGUAUGCACACUGUUGGAAUAGACUUGAGAUUUGUAAUGUCAAGUGCGUGAAGAUGUUCAGAAGUAAUUGAUCUGAGAGGAAGUCCACGUUCCUGAAAAGAGCAUUACUUCAAAGAAUACAAGCACUUAUUGUAUUGUCACAUAUAUCUUGAUUACCAAUGUUGAUGUUGGGUUUUGCCUUUUUUGAGUAAGAAAACAUUUUUUUCAUAAGGGAACCUAGAAUCUUUGUUUACUUGUUUUUAUUAUACCAGUGAGCCUCCUGGUGAUUUGUAGACGAUUUAUAGCAGUGGUUGUCCUCUAUAGGGGGAGUAAUAACUUGCUGAUAUAUUAGGUUUUUGUUAGUAAAAAGGCUCAUAAGAAUCCAACAUCUAGGUCCUAAAACUGUUGUUACUGUGUUGCAAAUGAUUAUAUUAAACAAUUUCUUUGUGUCGUAUCAUA